CUCAAUUUCCCGCAGUGCAACGGGAAAAAAGGUGCUGAUUACCUGACAUGGGUGUCAGACCUUGUGACAAAGAAGAGAAACGAGACCAUAUGUUUAAAGAAUCCAGCUGGGGUCACAUGGAAGAUAGGAAACCUGGACGACACCAUUUACUCAGGGGCAGAUGACGAGGUGAACGGGUGGAAUCAUUCCUACCUUCCUGAGCCAGUAAACAUGCAGGUUCUAGGUGUAGUGGAGGGAACCUCAUGCCCGUGUGAGCAGCUGGUUUUGAUGACCUGUGAGGACAGACGGGUGUAUGCCUACGAUGGAGAAGGAGAGGAGCUGCAUUUGGUGGCUUCAAGUCUGGAUCAGCUACGUCUCGAGGGAAUAGAGUAUCCAGCAUCCAAGACCUAUUAUGAUGGCGAGGCCUUCAAAGACAUGACUGAGGAGGACUGGGCAGAGGUGAAGAAGGGCCCUGUGUGGCAGAAGCUGGACCAAGAGCAUCAUGAGCUGGUGAUGUCAAUGAAGAGCAUUUUUCUGGAAAAUCUCAAAUUCCCCACAAACAAAAACAAUCAGUUGCUGGUCUGUUAGUUCACUUUUUAAAGGUGUUGUGUUGGACUACACCUUUACACAGAGACGAGAUCUGACAACCCGACCCACUUCCGGGUUAAAUCUGACCACUUCCGGGUUAGGCCCCGCCCAGUCCGAGUACAGAUACAGAUAAUAGGCUCGUUCGAGAUGUGCCAGGUCUGCGCAGAAUCGAUUUGAGUCCGACUUGAUCCCGACUUGCUCUGACGUCAUGCACACGUGGGCAACGGAAAU